GCGUCGCUGUCGAGCCGACUGGAGAAGCUGUUUCAGAGCAGCUUCCCUCAGACGGCCGUCCCCUCCAUGGAGGACGAGGUGGCGUCGCUGAAGAUCCUGCUGGGACCUCCAGAGGACAAACCGCAGCCUGGAGCCGAGGACGAGACGAGGUCGCCGUGCAACAGGUCCGUGCGUGGCGGCGUGUGGAUGCAGCUUCAGGACAUCCACGAGGCGUUCGGCCUCAGAUAUCAGUGGGGCGGCUCCUACUGCAACAAAACACUACUCUGCUGCCUGGGCAUCGACACCCGAAACAUUCUGUUCACAGGACAGAAGAAGCAGCCGGUCAUCGUGCCCAUGUACGCCGCCAGCCUGGGGAUGCUGGAACCAACCAAAGAGCCUGUGAAGCCCGUCUCUGCAGCAGAGAUGAUCGCCUCUAUAGCCCAGGCGCCUCCGGUGGCUCCAGAGAAAAGCUCCUGUCCCUCGGACACAGUCCAG